AUGAUCCAGGUAGAGCGAUUUCAUGGGGGAGAGAUGGGGAAGAGGGGGAGAAGGAGAGAGGGGGAGAUGGAGAGGGGGAAGAGGGGGAGAGGGGGAGAGGGGGAGAGGGUGAGAGGGGGAGAGGGGGAAGAGGGGGAGAAGGGGAGAGGCCCCAUUGCCACCCCCCCCCCCCCCCCCCCCCCCCCCCUCCCCCCUGUCAUCACACACACCCUCUCUCCUGUCGUUUCCCUCCCUUUCUCCCUCUCUUCCACCUUAUCGGAUGUACCCUUCCUUUCGUCCCUCAACAAAACAGACCGCCCCACGUCCCAUCCCCCAUCCCCCUCCCCCUCUUUCCGCUUUUUCCCCCUUUCGCCCCCCGCUUCUCCACCCUCCCCCACUCUCCCACUUCACCCCAACUCCUGUGAUGGGUUCCCGUUUCCCCCCUUGCUCCUGCUCACAGCACACCACACGUGGGAGCGUGCAAAACUCGCUCAAACGCUCGAUCGAGUGGUCGUUGCGACGGACGACGAGAGAAUUGCUAGCUGCUGCCAGGGAUUCGGUGCUGAGGUCGUCAUGACGUCAGCAGCUUGUGGAAACGGUUCGGAGCGGUGUGCCGAGGCAGUGGAGAGGCUCAAGGGGCAGUGGGACGUGGUGGUCAACAUUCAGGGCGACGAGCCUCUCAUCGACCCGGCUACCAUAGAUGCCGUUGUCAUUGCACUUCAGGAAGCGCCCGAGGCAGUGGCAGCGACAGCAGUGGCAGACAUAAAAGCAUCAGCGGCGCCCGAUCCCAACCGAGUCAAAUGCGUGGUGGACAGCCGCGGCUUUGCCCUCUACUUCUCACGGGCGCUCAUUCCCCACAACAGGGACGGUGUGCCUCAUCCCGGCUUCCCAUACAUGCUGCACCUGGGCCUGCAGGCAUACGAUGCGGCCUUCCUAGCACGGUACAAGGCGAGUGAGGCAGGGAGGCUGGAGGAGGAGGAGCAGCUGGAGCAGCUGCGGAUACUGGAGCAGGGGUGCAAGGUCAAGGUGGUGAAGGUGGCGCAUUCAGCGCACGGGGUGGACGUGCCUGCUGACGUCAAGAGGAUUGAAGACCUGCUGCUGAGAGGAGGGCGAUGA